AUGUUGGCCUUGAACACGUCCACAGGCGCGGCCGUGGACUCAAACUGCCAAGCACCAGAAUCAAGAAUCCGAGGCUCCAGGUCAGAAACGUACUCUUUCGGAUUGGACUCCUGCAUGAUUGUCUCCUUGUACAAAGUGCCCAGAUCUCUCGAAACUCUGAUGUCAUUAAACAUGUUUGUAAUCUUAUUAGUGUAUUCUUGGGUGUUGGCAGCUCUGAGCUUGCCAAUGAUCAAUUCCUCUCUUUCUCCGUCCUCAGGACUCAUGGUCGAUCCCAUAAGUCUCUUGGACAAGAAUCUUCUGUACCAGACCUCAAAGCUCUCCUUGUCAUCUAUGAAUUUGAAUACAGUCAUGAGAUCGUCGACAGACAUGUCUUCUGGCUUCUUUCUGAGCAUCUCGUCGGCAUAUUUGGCAAGCAAAUCCGGGGUCUUCGACUUUGACUUGUCCUUUGGUGUUGCAAUUGGGUUUGUGUUGAUGAAAGCUUGA